CGCAGCCUCAGUGCUCACCGGCAGUGGCAAGAUGGUGGUGUUCAGAAUGCAGUUGACGUUAUGCACGGUUUUGGUUUUGAAUCUUUGCUACAGCCUCGUCUCGGCACUGUACUUUCACAUCGGCGAGACGGAAAAGAAAUGCUUCAUAGAAGAAAUCCCGGAUGAAACUAUGAUAAUUGGAAACUAUCGGACACAGCUCUAUGACAAACAAAGAGAAGAGUACUUGCCUGCCACACAAGGACUUGGAAUGUUUGUGGAAGUUAAAGAUCCCGAUGAGAAGGUGAUCCUGUCUCGUCAGUAUGGGUCGGAAGGGAGGUUCACCUUCACCUCCCACGCACCUGGAGAACAUCAGAUCUGUUUGCAUUCCAACUCUUCCAAGUUCUCUCUGUUUGCUGGUGGAAUGCUUCGAGUUCAUCUGGACAUCCAAGUGGGAGAGCACACAAAUAACUAUGCAGAGAUCGCUGCCAAAGACAAACUGACGAAGCUGCAGCUCAGGGUGCGCCAGCUGGUGGAGCAGGUCGAUCAGAUUCAGAAGGAGCAAAACUAUCAGAGAUACCGUGAAGAACGCUUCAGACAGACCAGUGAGAGCACCAAUCAAAGAGUGCUGUGGUGGUCCAUUGUUCAGACACUGAUUCUGGUGGCGAUUGGUUUCUGGCAGAUGAGACAUCUCAAGAGUUUCUUUGAGGCCAAGAAAUUAGUGUAGGGUGUGCAUCGCAAUGUUCUCUUUUUUCAGUUAAUGCAGUACACCGGAGUUUGAGAAUGAUGUGCUCCAAAAGUUUCAAGUCUAGACUGCUGAAAUGAAUCUCUCAGUUCAAGCCCCCUCUCAAUUUUCUCAAUUUUGCCUUGAGAUUUAUUUCGCAAUUCAUAUUUCUGUGCCACAUCCCCAUGAGGUGUGUUACAGUUUGCUCUGAACGGAGAAUGUUCUUUCUCAAUAGUAUCAGUAAUAUAUGUUUUUUGGUAAUAAUAUAUGGUUUUUGCCAUUUAAAUUUGCUCAUAUUAAGGUGCAAAACCACUUUUUGUAUUUUGGCUUUUUUUCUACCACAGGUGAAAAUACAGACCAGAGAUAUAUAUUUGCUUUUUUUCACAAGUUUGAAUAAUUUGACCCCCUGAACUUUAUUUAGAAUAACAAAUUUCCAGUUUUAUCAAAAUUUAAUUAUUUGUAUCUGGAGCUUUGUGUGUGGAAUGUUCCUACACUGUAGAUGCAAGUUUAUCCUAGACAAAACAAUCAACUCGCUGAUUCUGUAAUGUGUAAAACAUUCUUUGUAACUUAGCAAUUAGUGAACUAUUUAAAGUUUUCCAGAGUGAAUGUAUGUUCAUAUGUUUAUUUAAUGUCCAUUUGUUAAAAUCAGCAUGAACUGUUUUCCAGCAUAAAUGCCUAGCCAAAUUUGUAUCACAGUGUCGUUUACAGCUCUCGUACCCUUUCUACAGACAGGAGUACAGAGACUUGAUCUGUACUGAAUUUUUUUCUGCAUUAGGUAUACAUUAACAGACUGCUUUAAGAAAAAAUGUCCUUCAGUAACAGUAUACAGUUCGGUAUUGUUUGGACAUUAAAUCUGUUGAAUUUUUAAGGACAGAAUUUAAACACGUUCACUUAGUAUUAUUAACUGCUUAGUUUCUGGGGGGAUUUUUUGUUCAUUUUAGGUAAGGGGCAAGUUUUAAAUAAACUACACUCUUAAAGGACUAAAUGUUCCAUGCUACAUUUAGCUGCAUUUGUAUUCAAAUUUCAUGGCCAUUGUUUCCUGUGUGUUUAGAUACUCAGGUAUUUCUUGAAAUUGUUACAUUCAAUCAUACUUUUUUGGGUCAUGAAGAUCUGCCCUGUUAACACUGAAAUGUGCACCCUCAUCCUCAUAGGCCUAAAAUGCUGAUAUUUGAGUUGUUUUCCUUCGGUGAUGGCCGUUUUUAAUACUUGAAAGAAAGAGUAAAGUAUAUUUCCUUGUCCCACAUUAUUUUUUUUUCCCCUGUUGAUAUUGGCUUUAUUUUCCCCCAUUUUUGAGUUUUAGAAUGUGAAUAUAUAAUUUUAGGGGUAAUUGGAAGACAUCUGGGUACGCAAAUAUUGCUGGCUGAGGGUGAAAGCUUUUUAAAUAAGGACAUAGGAGGGAAAGAUUGUGUCUGAUAUAUUCCUGAUUGCACUCA